AUGCAACUCUCGUAUAUUGGCCAAGCUUUCUCCCAACCCACCAUAUACGACCUCAUCUUUUCAUGCCUUCCACCUCCCACAAUCAUGCGAUGUGGCCGUACCUGUCGCGUGAUCUAUGUCGCCACCAAAGACUUCAACACCAGAGCCUAUAACAUCAAUCGCCACCUCUCAAGGUUCUUCAACGAUCCGGAGGGAUUUCGUUCCCUCCAAGCUCAAACGGCCGCUCUCAUAUCGGGGUCCAACGCGCUCCAGUUUUUGGAUCGAUCACAUUACGCCGAUUCCGACCUCGACGUCUUUGUAUUUGCAGGCACUGUCAGAGAGAUUGGGCGAUGGUUGAUUAAUCACGAAGGGUAUUCAUUCACUCCCAGACCAGAGCAAUCGCCUGAGUUUGAAAAGGCCGCCGUUGAAAUGUCUCCUGUUCCUGGCGAACCUGAGGCAUUCGAGGUGCACGAAGCGGAAUAUCGUUCAACCGGUAUUAUUGGUGUGCACUCGUUUUCGAAAGCGCCGGAUCUUACGAUCCAACUCAUAACAACUCGUCGCACCCCGAUGGACUGUAUCUUGCGUUUUCACUCCACUUGUGUGAUGAACGUGAUUGCUUUCGAUGCUGCUUAUUCAUUGUACCCUAGGGCAACAUUCGACUUGAGGCGUGGGCUCUCACUAGCACAUAUCUCUCCUCGCGAAGCAAAAGCCCUUGCGAAAUAUGGAGCCCGCGGGUGGGUGAUCCAUUCGACAAUAUGGCCGCACGAGGAAGAUACCUUGAAGCCUCUUUUCAAAGUUGACGUCCUGCGCCGCAUGAUUGAUCGUGAUUCAUGGGUCAUUCCCUUUGAUACGACUGACAUCACGUUGCGUUCGCCAUUCAAUUUGUCGUCGCCCCCCUUCACAGAGGACCCAGCUGCUUUCUCUAGCUGGACGCUUUGUGGACGCACUUCCCUGGAGUACGACAUGUCGUACCGUUUCUUGUCGUCAACCAUCUUGAAGUACGACUAUGUAAAUGACGACCCUGGUUUCUUAGAGGUCAUGAUUGCGUUCUUCCAGAAGCAAGGUUCGCUGGAACACUCAAAAUUUCGUGGGCUCCCGAAGGAUGUGGAGGCUUGGACUUGGUGGGACGCUUCUCUUCCGGGCUUUUACAAGGCCUACCUCAAGCGGCUCGAGGACAGAAGGAUGGAUGAAAGCUGA